AUGUAUAAAGAUAUUCCAAAACUAAUUAAAUUGCUCCACUCAUACAUAUCGUCUUCCUGCAUUUGUAAAACAUUCAAACGCAAGAACAGUAAAAUAGCAUCAAGUAAGCUUAAGGCUGUGCUUUCAUAUCCCGUAUUCAAUCCAGGAUUUUGUUUGUUAUUUGCAAUUGAACGUCAUCAGUCAAUAAAUGAUAAAUAUCUUAAGGAGAACGAGGAUGAUGAUGAUAUUUGA